AUGGCGAAAAGGAUUGGAUGGUGGGGUCGCGCCCUCCCAAUCCUCAUGCUCUCGUUCCCUGCCAUCCUUAUCGUAACCAUGGCCCUCUUAAAGCGAGUUGAUGCCACGACUCCUGUUGAGGAGGAGAACCGGAAAUUGGGCAGGGAUUAUGAAAGAGGAAAGCAAGAGAUUGAGAAUAUCAGGAAAAAGAUCGAGAAGCAAAGGCGGAUCUUAAACACGGAAAGAAGGCUGGCCUCUCGGGCAGAAGAACGAUUGAAAGACGGAGAAACCAUUAAUCUUGCCAAAAUAACGAAUUUCUACACCUCCCCUCCCAAGCCAUGGUGGCAACAUGGAGUCGGUAUCGAGGAAGAGGACUUGACACUACAGAAUGGGGAUCCGACGGAUGCAAUGCGAUCGAACAGUCCGAUGCUUGUUCCAGUCCAAGCUGGCGAUGUUGCAGCUGCCGAUGAAAGCUCGGAAGCAUCACGUGGCUGGGGAUCAUCUUCAUUUGCGGAGAAGACGGGACAAGCAAGAGGACGAGCCACAGAUGACCGAAGAGGCAGAGAUCUGAUGGACGCGAAUAACUUGUCCACCAAAAGUGGUCAAGAAGGAACGAAUGAAAGGAGAGACCGCCGGAGCAACAGCCUCUGGUCUGAUAUGCGUUCGCUUCUGAAAGAUACUUUAAGGAUGGAACGAGACAAGGAUGCAUACAGCAAGGCGAGGAAAGAGGAAGCUGAAAGGUAA